AUGGCAUGUGAUGGGUGUCGAAGAAGGAUUGGGGAAGCUAUUGUCUGCAUGAGUAUAGGGCGAUGGGCCACUGACCCAGGGAAGAGUGUGCCUGUGAUGGGGCUGCUGGCAGUUGGCUCCACCUUCAUCCUCCUGAUGGCAUCAUCUUCUGUGGUCAUUGACGUUGGCAGUGCCUGGUGCAAAGUUGGCUUGGCUGAGAAAAACUACCCUACUCUUGCAAUCCCCACUGUUGUUGGGUAUCAGCCCUACCAUGAGGACCUGAAAGAAAAUCUUCUCAAGAUAAGGAAAGUCACAGGCUUGGAAAAUAUGCAUGUGAUCCAGGAACUGCCUACUAUAGAAUUUCCUGUUAACCGAGGCCAAAUCCUAAACUGGGAGGACAUGGAGGCUAUUUGGCACCAUAUUUUUGAUUCCCUCCGGGUCAAGACCAAGAACCACUCAGUACUUGUCACAGAAUUGCCAUGGAAAGAUAGGAAUUACAAGCAGAAGAUUCUGGAGGUCAUGAUGGAGACCUUCAAUGUCCCAUCUCUGCACUUUGGCAACCAGGCAGAACUUGCUUUGUUUGGCUCUGGCCUCUUGACUGAAUUUAUCAUCAACCGGGGUACCAUCACCAACUGGGAUGCCAUGGAGUUUAUGUGGCACUACAUCUUUAGUGAGCUUAACAAUACAACUAAAGACCAUUCUCUACUGAUAACAGGACUCCUACCGAGUGACAACCAUGGCAGGCAGAAGAUCACCGAGGUCAUGAUGGAGACCUUCAAUGUUCCAUCUCUGCACAUUGGCAACCAGGCAGAACUUGCUUUGUUUGGCUCUGGCUUCUUGACUGGUAUGGUAGUGAACUGUGGGGCUGGCCUCACCCACAUUGCACCCAUCUUAGGAGGCCAGAUGAUCUCGAACUGCGCAGAAGUUUAUGAGCUUGGUGGGCUAGAUAUCAGCUCAUUAUUAUACAAGUCUCUGUUCAGAAUUCCAGACUCGAAUCUCUUCAUCAUGAGGGAAGCCAUGGAAGACCUCAAAGAGAAGUUAUGUUAUACACCUUCCUCUUCCCUCAUUGACUCUGCCUUUGUCUUCCUGAUGGAGGAGGGUUCUGUAGUCAUUGACAUUGGCAGUGACUUGUGCAGAGCUGGUCUAGCAGGAAGAAACCACCCAACAGUGGCAAUUCCUACAGUCAUCGGGUUCCAGGCCUACCCUGAGGACCCAGGACCAAGUAAUCCCAAGAAAAGGAAAAUUCUUGGUCUUAGUAACAUGCACCUACUCAGGCAACUACCUACUGAGUUUCCUAUCCAACGAGGCCAGAUCAUGAACUGGGAUGCCAUGGAGAGUAUUUUGAACCAUAGCUAUGAUCUUCUUGGGGUCAAGGCUGAGAACCAUCAUGUGCUGCUAACGGGAAUUCUAUCGAAUCCCUUGAGGGAUCGGCAGAAAUUGAUGGAGGUGAUGAUGGAGACUUUUUGUGUUCCAUCUCUGUAUAUUGGCAACCACCCUGAGCUUUGUCUUUUUGGCUCUGGCUUUUUGACUGGGUUGGUCUUACACUCUGGAGCUGGUGUCACCUCCCUCACACCUGUUUGCAGUGGCAGAGUCAAGUUUUUUUCUAACAAGAUUUUUGAGAUGGCUGGGCAAGAUGUCAGCUCAUUACUAUACAAGGCUCUAUUUAAUGUAGAGAUGAAUAUGGCCAGCAUAUCCCAACGGUUUGAUAUGGACUUAGUUAAGGAGAGGUUAUGCUAUGUAAGCAAACAUCCUAAUCAGAAAGGACCUGGCAUUGACUCGAUUUCCAAUUCUCCUGGAGUGGUUGCCCUCCCCGAUGGGAAGGUCAUCACCCUACCCAAGGAACUGCGUACCUAUCCUGAUAUGUUCUUCUCGACCUCCCAACAUGAUCUGCCAAAUUUGGACCUAAGCUCUGAAGUUGUUGAUACAAUCAUGAAGUGUAAUUCAGAGGAGCAGGCGAUCCUCUUCUCUCAUGUGGUCCUUUCUGGGGGCAAUACCAUCUUCUCUGGCUUCCCAGAACGCCUUCUCUGCGAGCUGAAUAUCACCAGACCUCACUGGUUCCCAUCUCAGGUUGUGUCCAGGCCAAAUAGGAUCUACCUCUCAUGGGUAGGAGGAUCCAUCUUGUCCUGCCUAUCAACCUUCUACUCCCAGUGCUUGACCAACAAGGAAUACCAAGAAGCAGGAAGAUAUGUGAUUCUUUAA